ACUGCAGAAGUGGGGUGAUUCGAUUCGACCAUCAGAGCAGUUACAGGGCACAACAUGGCUCGUCAUGAAGAACUCUUCAUAGCAGUCAUUACAGUUCUUGUCUGUUUGGUGCAAGAGUCAAAGGCUGAUGGGAAUAUUCCAAAACCCCAAAUAACCCAAACUCCUGUGGGUAGUGUGAUAUAUAGAAAUGAGAAAAUAACACUUAACUGCAGUGUCCCAUGGAAUUCCUUGGGGCUUGAUUACAUCUGGUAUAAGGAUGCAACUCUCUUCAAUUCUAACCAAAUCUACACCAUUGACUCUGCUGACCCAUCACGUAAUGGAGAGUACAAGUGCCAAGUUAAAAGAGACAACGAUACUUCGGAGCUCAGCGAUCCUCUAACUUUAUCAGUUGUUGGUAAGGAUGUAAAAUAA